GCUCAACACGUACUUUGAAACGCCACGGCGCUUUAAUCGAAAGUAAAGGCAUAAGUGAAUAUCUGUAUUAAAUUCACUCGCUUUAAGAGUGCGAUAACGUUGUUUUCCUCACCGUCGUUGUUUAAAAAAAUGUCUGCUUUUGAUGUCAGCGUAUUUCCAAGCGACUUUGCAUGGGGAGCUGCGACAGCUGCUUAUCAAAUUGAAGGGGGCUGGAAUCUGGAUGGUAAAGGCCCUAGCAUAUGGGACACAUUCUGUCAUGCCAAAGGGCAGGUGUUUGAGGACCAGACAGGAGAUGUAGCCUGUAACAGCUAUCAGCUCUGGGAAAAGGACCUGAAAUGUAUCCAACAACUUGGACUCACACAUUACCGUCUGUCCAUAUCCUGGUCACGGCUCCUUCCUGAUGGGACCACAAAUCAUGUAAAUCCAAAAGGUGUGGCGUAUUAUAACAAAGUGAUCGACGACUUGACUACUUGUGAUGUUACCACCAUGGUGACAUUGUACCACUUUGACUUACCUCAGGCCUUACAGGAUCGUGGCGGAUGGAACUCAGCAGAGAUUGCAGACAUCUUUGAAAGUUAUGCCAGGUUUUGCUUUAAGACUUUUGGGGACAGAGUGAAGCUCUGGAUCACAUUGAAUGAGCCUUAUGUUUGUGCCAAGCUAGGCCAUGAGGAUGGCAUUAUUGCCCCUGGGAUUAAAGAGCCUGGAAUAUCUGCCUACUUAGCUGCUCAUAACAUGCUGCGUGCCCACACCAAGGCCUGGCAUAGUUAUAAUGCUGAUUUCAGACAUUUACAAGGAGGGCAAAUAUCGCUUGCCCUUAACAGUGACUGGACAGAGCCAUUGGACCCUGGUUGUCCUAAAGACGUAGCAGCCACAGAGCGAUACAAGGCCUUCACUUUGGGGUGGUUUGCUUGGCCCGUGUUUUGCACAGGGGAUUACCCAGAGUCUAUGAGAUCAAGGAUUGAGGCUAAGAGCUUGGAACUGGGAUACAACCAAGGCUCACGGCUACCACACUUCUCCAAGAAUGAGCCCUUGCCUCUGGGUACUGCGGAUUUCUUUGCGCUGAACUACUACACUUCUCGAAAAGUCAAAGAUUGGAAUAGUGCUUGUAAAAACAGUGAGCUCAGUUUUAAAUGCGACCAAGGUGCAGAAGGGGUUGUUGAUCCUUCAUGGCCCAUAUGUGGGGUGCACUGGCUGGCUGUUGUGCCUGAUGGAUUGCGGAAGUUGUUAAAAUAUAUAAAGGACACUUAUACCAAUCUGCCCGUUUAUAUCACAGAAAAUGGCUUUUCACAGAUGGGGCCUGUUCAAAUAGAAGAUGUUGACCGGUGCUAUUUCUAUCAGGACACUCUGCAAGAAGUUGGCAAAGGUGCUUUCUUAUUAGUUAACACUACACAAGCUAUCAGUCAAGAUGGAGUGAAUGUAAAGGGAUAUUUUGCCUGGUCACUAAUGGAUAACUUUGAGUGGAUUGAUGGCUUCAGUGUGCGCUUUGGCUUGUUUCAUGUGGAUUUUGCCACACCUGAGCUGAAACGCACCAUUUACCGCUCUGGUAGAGAGUAUGCAGCUGUUAUAUCCAAACAUCGCACAGAGACCAAGUCAAAGAAUGUUUAGCAAUUACUCACAAACUAAAUCAGCAUUUUGAUUACACAUUGAUGUUAUCAUGAAGAAAUUUUAUCAAUAAAUUAUAAGUAAAAUUCAGUAA